CUGUCCCGAGGGGACGUCGUCUUCACCGUCUCCUCGCGGGAGGCCGCCCAGUGGAUCCGGCGGGAGAAGCCCCUCGCAUUCGCGCAAGGACUGGGAGGCGACGCCGCAUCGGUGGAGGAUCGCUCGUACACGGUGGUAGCGGAGAUGGUCCCGGUCGACACCGACAUCGGCAACCCAGACACCUUACGGGAGAUCGAAGAAACCAAUGGCAUCGACCUGGGAGACCUGCGCGCGGCCACCUGGAUGCGUCCACCGGAACGACGAUACGGGGGCCAGAGGUAUGCACACGUUCGACUGACCUUCACAACAGCGGAAGCCGCCAAUAGAGCGAUGGUCUCC